GGGUUAAUUCGGGCCAUGUUAAGGUCGGACGUCUGGCGUCGGUCCCGAAGGCGUCCGGAGGCGUCCGAUCGAUUACAAAAUAGUGAAGAAGCGCCGGUCCGGCGCAGAGUGUUUUAGUGGCUAUGCGGAGACAAUUUAGUCGAUAACGAGCGCUCCGAGUUACGUAAUGUAAUAUCACUGGAGAAUUGUCAAAAAAAUCAAACAUGCUGUAGACCGAAUGGGGUAACCCCCGGUUAGUGACUGGCGACUGUUUCGGGCACCACGCGGGAAUAAUUAAUAAGAAACAGUGCGAAAAAAAUAAAUUUGGGUGAGUGUCUGAUGGUGGAUUAAAUCCGUUCGAAACCGGUAGAAAGGAAAAUGGGAAAGAAGGGUCGCAAGACCAGGUGGCGCACUUUAACUAUCACAGAUGAGCACAGCGAUAGUGAAGAAUCCAACACGACAACAUCGGGACACCGAUUACCCAAAGGCUACCCACACAAGUCAUACUACAGCCGUUUUACGUAUUCUAGUCAAUCAACGCCCACCAGAAGGUACCAGUGCGAUGGUACGAAGUCGACAAGGUCCAGCAGCACUGCCAGUGAAAAUAAAAUCACCUUCAAUGAAGACGAAUAUACGCGCAUUACGACACCUAGACAAGAUGUAUUAUUUAAAAAGGGUUACUUGAAUAAACCCAAAACGUAUCAAACGCAGACCUCGACCGGAAAUUCGACGACUUCGACUGGUAAUUCCACCGGAAACGGAACACCAGACCACCAAUCAACAGAUCUAGAAUACGAAUCACAGUUCGUCUUCCCGAAUGGUUUCGUCGAUCAAAACGGAAUCUACUAUAUCAACAGUUUUGAACCGUAUCCAGUGAUGGUUUACAAUCCUCCGACCUAUUAUCAAGAAUUUACGAACAUUAAAGCGAAAAGAUGCAGCACAGGAUCGUUGACGGAAUCGACGAGCCCCAACAACGAGGAAACUAGUCAAAGCGAGACACCCGAAGUGAAUCCAGUCUACAAUGUUGUUUAUCCGAAUUAUUACUGUAACGGCGGUGUUUACGAGGAGCCCCAGAAUGGGGCUAUCAGUGAGCCUGAAGCCCGUCGUGUGAAGAAACGAAGACGGCGAAAGCCGUCACGGUCGAAAGAGGGCACCACCACGUCUGAAUCUUCCGAUGAAGGAGAAGAAGAAGAAGAGGAAGAAGAAGAAAAAGAAGUUUUCAGCGAGAAAGAACAACAAAAAACGUACGAUCUCAAACCGGAUGCGGAAGAGUUUGUCCCUCGGGCCUACCGCCAGCCCCCUGAGACCAUUCCGAUGGAAGCAGCCAACGUUCAAUUCAUCAAAAUUCCGUCGAAUUUCGUUCCGGUGCCGAUCUUGAGCGAUUUUAACGCAUUUAUUCCGCCAGGGAUUCCGAUCAACUUUAUACCUCAGAACUUUAUCAAUUAUGUACCUUUGAAAGCGGCCGUUCAAUCAGACGAUGGUAAAGCAGCGACGGACGACACUGUUAAAGAACUAGCAACGGUUGAAGUUCCUAAAAAUCAAAUCGACAUUGCAAAAAUCGUAUCCAAGCUCGAAGAAGCAGCCAAAGAACAAGACAAAGAUGAAACAACACCGAACCAUAAAGCGAAAAAGAGACACCGAUACCAGAAAGUUGAACUGAGAAAACCACCACCAAGUCCCGCAGAACCGUUCAAACCACCACUCCGUAACUAUUCCGAAACUUUGAAGAAAAUUCCGCUUAAAACGAACGAACGUAGCGAGGAAAAAAAAACACUGGUUAAAGAACCAGUCAAGGAUCAUCGAAGUGAACAAACGCCACCGAAAGUGACAAAUGAGUGGAUUUCGGUGUCGAGUCGUAAAAAACGAAAGAACAAAAAUGUGGAAGAAAUUGAAGAUUUUGAAGAAGUUGAAGCAGCGCCCCCUUCUGAAGAAAAAGUUGAACCGGUUGUUAUUAUUCAACCACCACCUCCACCACCACCACCACCACCACCACCGGAACCAGAGCCAGUUAUUACAGUGAAGAAAGUUAAGAAGAAGACGAAGAAAGUGGUGGCUCCGCCCCCAAUUACCAAACGAGUGAUUAUCAAGGACGUUGAUUUGUCGGUGGAAGAAGUGAAGGAGGAGCCUAAACCGGUUGUGGAGGAAGCACCGCCCCCCAAAAAAGAAGAAAAGGUUGAAGAAAUUGUGGAAAAGAAGGAAUCUCCCGAAAAGAAAACGAAGAAGAAGAAGAAGAAAGUUGGCAAGGCUGCUACGAUUGUGAAUAGCCAAUCCAGCUCGAAUACGACGCUUAAUGUGACAGAUGAUUCCUAUGAUUUUCUCAUGGAUGAGUCGAUGGAGAAGACUAACGUUGAGGUGUCGCAAGAGCUGGACAAACUCAUCCAGCGCGGAAUGUACAACAAUCUCGAAGAGAAAAUCAAAUCAAUGAACAUUGAAUCAAACGACAACUUCUUCAAAAGCAUAAUCACCAACAUAUCAAGCAGUCGGGAGCCAAGUGUGGAAAAACCGUACAUAAAAACCCCCGACUUGAGCAAAAUCCUCCCAAACCAAGCGCUCCUCAAGCCACGAAAACCGGGCGAUUUUUUAGGUGAAAGCCCCACCCCCAGCCCACUCGGGGGUGGUUCCCCGCCCCCCAGCGACAAUCUCUACCCCAUCACGAAAGCCGUGAAGGAGUGGAUGAGCAAGACGCGCGAAAGCGCCCCCGACAUCGAGUUACUCAAAAGUCCGAGCGAGAUUUUUCGGGAAUUCACCGAAAGGGAGGACGACGAUGACGUAACAAGCGACGAAGAUUGCCGAACGGUGCAAGCCGAGCAAACGGGGAAAUACCCCAAACACGGCAACUUGCCCUACAGGGCGAUUUGCUGCAGUAUUAUGUGAUGGCGGCUGACGCGAUUACUUAAUUCUGGACGUACUUAAGGGCUUGUUCUUUUUAUGUGGCGCACACAACGGUUGGUAACACUGUUUCCAAGGCCUGCUGCUUCACACAGAGACUGAAUACGAUGAUGUUUAAGGCAGGGCUUGGUGUCAUAUGUUCGUGAAAUGUUGUUAUUGUUAAAUAGUUGUUAGGGGAAGUCCGGCCGCGGUUUAAUUAUGUAGCGGCGACGAUUUUAGUUGGUUCAUCAUCAAAGCCAUUUGCUCAUUUUAUUGGUUGUUUAGGAUGUAGUGUGCAAUUUUUAUUUUUUUUUUUCAAGUGUGGGUGGGACACACCCUUAAAGCGGCGACAAUAUUGUUAAAGGGGUGUGAAUUUUUCAACAAAAAAGACACUAUGUAUGCUAAGUCUAGUGUUAAGUUUGUUUUGCGCAUGUAUGGAGUUUUUUUCUUAAGUUUUUCUUUCGUUUGGUUGUUCUAUAUCAGUUAUUUUAUUGUUAUAAUGUUUGUUAUUUUUGAGAGUUGUGCCUUUGCAAAAUUUUUAAAAUAAAGAAAAUUAUAAUAAGGAA